AUGGCAUUCAUCAACGUGAAAGACUGCUUAACCGAUCCCAGACAACUAAUCAAAUUGAUUCUUCUGGUGGUAUGUGUCUCUAUAACCAUCUACCAACUUUCAGAGUGUGUCAACAAAAUUGUUAGACCGCCAAUCACUUCGCAUUAUAGAUUUCGCUACAACCAGAGUAUCAAAUAUCCAGCAAUCACGGUGUGUAGACGUCCUUCUUUCAAAAGUUACUUAUUUCCGAAAUUUGGAAUUCGGGCUAGUACUUUAGAUCUCGCGGCGAAUAACCUUUUCGAAAAUUUCCCUUUCAACACUACAUCCCUCGAAGACUUCCUCAAUGCUACCACAUACGAUUUCAAAGAAGUGGUACCACUUUACGGUUACAACGAGACCGGAAUGGGCGAAAAUCUCCGAUUUCGCAAAACUUUCUUCACCAAACGUGGCCUUUGCCACACCAUGAUCCCAAAGGAAAUGUCCGAGAAUUUUGCCAUCGCUGGGGGCUUCUGGUUGUACUUGAGACACUCUGCUAAGGAUAAAACUAAGGAUGCAAACGGGUUAUCCACUACCGGUUUUGAGAUCCACAUCCACGACGAGUUUGAAGUGAUCAAAGAGGAAGAUGGCUCAAAUACCGGUUUUGUGUAUGUUGAAACUGGGGAAGAUUUACACGUGACUUUGACAGUGCAGACCUACAGUCAAGUUUCCACCACACAACAACCCUGUGUCAAAGACCCAACAUAUGGCAAAUCAAGGUGUGAGCAAAAAUGUGUGCACAAUUUCGCGGCCAAGAAAGUGGGGUGUAAAGUACCUUGGUUGCGGGAUUUGGACCAGGACUAUCCCCUGUGUUCCGACUACAUCUCCAUAAACAAUAUUACCAACGCUAUGACUGAAAAAUUUAGUUCGCAAGCUUUGUCAGAGUGUGAUUGUCAAGGCCGCUGCAAUAACACUCUCUACAAGUACCAAAUCGAGCACAGACGAGAUGUUGAUGUUAUUCAAGGCUCUUCAAGCACCAUUGCUAUUUAUUUUGCCUCGAAUUUGGUGACUGAAUUAAAUGACGUUAUUAGUUACGACUGGAAUGUAUUUCUGGCCGAUAUUGGAGGCUCUCUUGGAUUUCUUUUAGGACUUUCAGUUAUUGGUUUCGUCAAUGUGAUUGAAGAAGUUGUCAAAUUAAUCUUCAGAGUGAGUGGGAAAGAAAAGACCGAAACUUUGCCCCAAUUGGAGGCUGAGGGAGACGGAAAAGAAGGCGAGAGCUUAAAAAGUGUGAUGGAAUUCGUGGCCAAUUGCGACAUGUAUGAGGAAAAAUACGCCGAUAAAAUCAACAAAUAUUAAAUGUUUUGUGUCUUAA